AUGACCGACAUGUCGGCCACUACUCCGACGGAGGACGACAGCGAGAUUCUAGAGCUAUGGGAUUUCGGACCACAGAAGAGGGAGGCCCAAGUCUACAAGCCAUCCUUAUACGAGGACGCCGAGGAGCAAAUGGCGAAGAAAGACUGGGCUGACGUCUACCGUCCUCGCCGUCCUCGCUCAGAGAUCAAAAAGCUCCGGCCUGUACCUAGCUUCCAAGGUGAGUUCCUGCUUGGAGACCUCGAGAUAUUCUAUGCUAACUGCGAUCCCCGCUCCCUCAAUACCGAACUGCUUCGUCGACCUCCCGCAACCUGA